CUGUCCUUCUGGCCGUGUGGGCUGAAGUGGGGCGUCGGCGUUAGGCCGGGGCUGCUGCUCUCCUUGAGCGACGUGGCCUGAACGACGCUCUCAGGCAUUCUUUCUUGGCAGAUGUGUCUUCAUCCUCGCCUGCUCUCGUGGGCGUGUCUUAGCGUGCGUUCACGGUGGUCUCCGCCCCUCUUCGCCACACCCGGACCCACCUUGGUCGCUAUUCAAGCCGAAAAAAAUUAGCCCAAGGACCCAAGGCCACAACCUGUCGAGAAAGGUUCUUUCUGCCAGAAACACUUCGCAUCGCAGGGUCCUCAACGGGCCUUGUAGGAAGCAUGACUUAAACAGAAGCAAGCGUUUUCCCGUACAGACGAAGUAAUGAUGCGGGUGUGCUGGUUGGUGAGACAAGACAUCCGGCACCAGCGAAUCAAACUUCCACAUUUGGAAGCAGUUGUGAUUGGGCGUGGCCCAGAGACCAAGAUCACUGAUAAGAAAUGUUCUCGACAGCAAGUACAGUUGAAAGCAGAGUGUAACAAGGGAUAUGUCAAGGUAAAGCAGGUUGGGGUCAAUCCCACCAGCAUUGACUCAGUCAUAAUUGGAAAGGACCAAGAGAUGAAGCUGCAGCCUGGCCAGGUUCUCCACAUGGUGAAUGAACUUUAUCCAUAUAUUAUAGAGUUUGAGGAAGAGACAAAGAACCCUGGCUUAGAAACACACAGGAAGAGAAAGAGGUCAGGCAAUAGUGAUUCUGUAGAAAGGGAUGCUGUCCGGGAAACUGAACCUGGGACAGGGCUGGAACCUGGGAGCAGCUCCAACCAAUGCUCUGUGGCCCCCCAAAAGGGGAAAGAUGCAUCUAACAAAAAGGAAUCACUGGGCCAUUGGAGUCAAGGCUUGAAGGUUUCUAUGCAGGACCCCAAAAUGCAGGUUUACAAAGAUGAGCAGGUGGUGGUGAUUAAGGAUAAAUAUCCUAAGGCCUGUCAUCACUGGCUGGUCUUACCAUGGGCCUCCAUUUCUAGCCUGAAGGAUGUGACCAGGGAACACUUGGAACUCCUCAAGCAUAUGCACACUGUUGGGGAAAAGGUGAUUGCAGAUUUUGCUGGAUCUGGCAAACUCCGCUUCCGAUUGGGCUACCAUGCCAUUCCCAGCAUGAGCCAUGUACACCUUCAUGUAAUCAGUCAAGAUUUUGAUUCUCCUUGCCUUAAAAACAAAAAACAUUGGAAUUCUUUCAAUACAGAAUACUUCCUAGAAUCAGAAGCUGUGAUCAAGGUGGUACAAGAGUCUGGCAGAGUGACUGUUCGAGAUGGGAUGUCUGAGCUCUUGAAGCUGCCCCUUCGUUGUCAUGAGUGCCAGCAGCUGCUGCCUACCAUUCCUCAGCUGAAAGAGCAUCUCAGGAAGCACUGGACAAAAUGAUUCUGCAGAUCCUGAACUUCCGCCACAAGUGUGACUGAUGGGAAUGAACCUGCUAGCACCUCUUCUUGGUUGCUUGUGAAGAUUUUCUCAUUUCCCAAAUUAAAACAUGCAGUUUUUUACAAAACUUAUUUUAUUCUUGAGCCACAAUGUAGGGUGGCUCAAAAUAGUUCAGGAAUUAUUAGGUAGAAAUAGUUCAGGAAUUAGGAAUGUAUUCUCUGAUGAAGUUGCUGGGACAUGCUUGAUUGCCAUUUCCAGGACCAGCAGAGGGGCUGGUCAUGUAUUUUUGUUCCUUACAUUUAUCUUCUCUCCCUGGAGGCAUGUGGUACCUUUUUGUCAAAGCAGCUUGCUUAUCCUGAAGGCUCUGAGGGGUCAAGUUCUCUGACCUUAAUCUGUACUAUACUACUCUUCUUUCCUCUUUCAUUGAAAGUACUUAGUUUGUUCUGUCUCUUCUACUCCUGCCCACCCAAGGUCACCUAAAUGCUCCCUCUCGGGAAGUCUGUCUCAUCAGUUCUUCACCGAACAGUGAGGCUAGAUGAGGGAGUAGAAGGUGGAGUUUUCCUCUAGUCACAGGGUUCCUGGCUGGUAAGGAAACACUUAGCCACAUUCAUUGCACUUUAGCAGUCAGGUCUUUUUACUGGACUUCUUGGAUCUAUCCAUUUGUUUGAGCAUCUCUCCCAAGUAGUUGAAAAUUAUUGAAAGUUCUGCUGACCAUCAGCAGCUUUACUUUUCCUCAAGAGCAAAUUUGGAUGGAACAGUUGUAUCAAGUUGGUUUUUAUCAGAACUAAAAGUAAAGGGAAAGCUAAAAGUUGGUUUUGAUUGGAUUGUUGACAUAUUUGGAGAUGACUUUUUACUUUUUUUUGGUGGUGCUGGGGAUUGAACCUAGGGCUUUGUGCAUCCUAGGCAAGCACUCUACCAACUGAGCUGUAUCCUUAGCCCUCCCAACUAUUACUUUUGAGUUGUGAAAAAAAAGAACACUGUUAACAAAAGCUUCUCUGUAGAGAGAAAACUUCAGUCUAUUGAGAACACAUUUAAUCUCAGUUUUUGUCACAAAUGAACAGCAUGCCACAGGUUGCUUAUUGAGCAUGGUUUCAGUAGUAAUUAGUGAUUACAGAGCUACCAUUUUCCAAUUCCUAUGUGUUCAAUAUUAUAAGAAGCACUUUAUUCAAAUUAUCUCAUUUAAUUUUCAGUGUACAUAACUCUCUAAAGUAGGUAUUAUUGUUAUGCCCCUUUAUGGAUGGGGAACUAAUAUUCUGUAAAGAGUUCUGGGUUCCAAAGUUGGUCUUGGUUUUGAUGCCUCAAACUCGUUAUUUCUCAUCAGUUUGACAGUAUAAUUGCAGGACUAGCCAUAGGACCCAGGACCCUUGGAUUUAUAUUGAUCAAAAGCUCCCCUUGGCAUUUUUCUGAUUUCCCUGAGGCCAGCCAGUUUUUUUCAAGCCCUUUUUGUCCAUUUUUCAUCUAUCAUCUCUGUCCUCAGUUCCUUCUGCACUCUAGGAAUGUAAUCCUUACCUUGUCAGCCCAUCUGCCCAUUGUUCCUUCUGUCUGUCUUGACAGCUUGCCUGAUUAUCGGCUUUCUUGCAGUGGUUGUCCACUUACCCUGUGUUCUUUCAAGUUCUUCCCCAUCUGCAGAAGGGAUGUGACUUCAUAUCUUCCCCUUUGCUGUCAUCAGGUACCAGACACUGAAACUCUUCAAAAUCCUAGGUAGAUUAGUUAAGAACAGAUCUGGAUUCAGACUUAGGUGUUAAUUCUGACUCUGCUACUCAGAACUGAAGGAUCUUGGUCAAUUUAUUUCUCCACUUCAUUAUUCACAUGUGUAAAUGGGCACAUUAGGGCACAAUAGGAUUAAAUAAAAUAGUCCAUGUAGGGCUCAGUAGAGUAUGUAGUGUGUAGAUGACCCUAGAUAUGGUAACUGAAAGCCUCUGGUAUUAUCUUGGUGGAGGUUUGAAAGAGGGGUUCACCUGAUCUAACCCUUUCUCUGUAUUGGUACUUUAGGGCUCUUAGAAAUUUCUAAAGAUUUUAGCCUCCUGAGGUCAGAAUUACUGGUUUCCCUUUAAAAAAUGUAAAUACCUUGGUUCUACCCCAGAACUACUGAAUCAUAAUCCCAAUGGUCUAGGAAUAUGUAUUUUAAAAAAUUGAAGGUUUUCUUCAUUCUAUUAAGGUUUGAGAUCCACAGUAUAAAUCACCUUGCUUCAAAGCAUCUUGCAUUUCUAAAACUUCUAGAUUUGACUGUGCUCUUCUAGGACAGAUAGCACCAAAUUUUAGUUGGCUGCCUGAGCCAGUUGCAGGCCUUCCUCCUUUCUGCAGGGUCAAGGGUUAUUUUAGAUUCAGGGAGACACUGGGCAUUAGGUGAAGGAGAAUGUCUGUCUAUACGGACUGACUUUUCUUUUCUGUCAGGGCUAGGGUAAGUCCCUGGUCCCAGGCUUUUGGGAUCCAGGUCUGGAGUUGAUGACUGUUCCCCUAAAUCUCUUCCCUUUUCAUGCCCAGAGGUCAGUCCAGUGGCUUGGUCUAGGACAUGUAACAAAUUCUGCCAGCCUUAGGGUCAAGAGUAUAAGCAUUUUUCUUUCUCUGGUUCUGUCUCUUGAGAUCCAGAUACAAAUGGUUCUUUCAGGGAGCAGAGUAGACUUGAGAUGGUUAUAAAGAUCUCUGCAAUUUGAGAGACAUUUUCUAGAGCUUGGCAUCUGGUAUUUAGUCACAUACACUGAAUGUGGCUGGAUAGCAGACUUAGGGCUCGUCUGUCAGAGUUAGCCUGUUACCCUCUGCUCCUAACAACUCCAACUUGGAGACUUUCAGAGAAAAUUGAAGAUUCUACUAAAUACUAAAUUAAAAAAAAUGUGAAAACCAUGAAGCCAUGUGUAUAUAUACCAUUUCAUGUAUGUCAUCAAGGAGUUCAUUAAGUCAUUGAAGAGUCCAUAGAUUCUAGGGGUCUGUGGAACUCUGUUUAAGAAUCUUUAUUCUAGAGAAAAGGAUCAUCACUAUACAUCUGGGAUGUUUAGAAAGGGCCUGGGGUCACUAUAGGGGAUUAGGGAAAGACCUCACCUCCAGGACAUUUUGGGGAUGCUCUUUGAUCUCAGUGCUCUCUCUUCAGCUCUUUGGUGCAUGGACAUCCUGCGGGCCUCUGGUUGGAGGUGGAGUUCAAGCCUAGAGACUGCAGAUUCCAGUUUAGCCUCCAUACUUGGGCAACAGUUUUGGGACAUGGGGAAAUCCUCAGUGGUUCUGAGAUGUUCAAGAACUCUGCUAUCAGACUCUAUAAGCUAUAUAAGGACAUUCAGUCUACUUUACUAGGAUAAAUAUCUAGGGGAAAAGAGUACCAGUAAUCUGAACAGAUAGAUCAGCUGCCUUGUGACUGUCCAAGGACAGUGGGAGUUGCAAUUCUUGGGUACAGUAUGUUAACAGUACAAGCUGUAUUGAAGACACAGCUUGUAGCAGUGUGUACUGCUAGCUCAAGGCAGAGAUUUUAUGAAGGCCCCAGCCAAUGCUCUUGAGAAUUAUAGAACAUUUAACCAGACUUCAGAUAAAGUUUCUCUGGUAUGCCUUUUAAAAAAAUAUACUGUAAGAGCAAUUUAUUUCCACCAAAUUAACAAUGCUAUGUAGUUUAGACUACCAGUAUUAAGAUCAAAAUGAAUAUUUGAUUAGAAAUUGCAUCUCAGGAGAGACUAUCAGACAGUGAAAUAUGUGAUGAAAUGAAGGAAAAUUUGGAAGAGUGGGGUGACCACUUUCAAAUCCUUUGUUCAGUCAGACUUGACCUUGAAAAAUUCAUCCUUUAGAAAAACAAAGUGUGAAUAAUGACUUGGAGAGACCAGAAAAAGGAUGUGAGAUAUUGAGUAUAAAUGUCCUAUGACCCCACUCUCCUAGUUGGGCUAUUUUUUAGCCCUAGAAGAAAGAAAGAAAAAAAAGACCUUUUCUACACCUAUUUAACCCAGAUUUAUCAUAGCAUUACAAUUAGGCGGCGUCUUCUGAGGGUGUAGGGAGUACUCGUGUGAAAAUGUAAACCAAAAGCAAAUAAAUCAUAUUCGUGGUGCCAAAUUCUAGUAUUUCCUCCAUAAGGGGCUAUCCUUUUAUCUUGGUCCCAUCAUAGCCAGGCAAGGCAGCAGUUUUAUUAAAAUAAAGCAGUUGAAUAUGGAGGGUUACCUCAAUCUAGCCAAAAAGACAAAUGUAUAGUCUAGCUCCGUUGUUACUGUAAGAGAAGGUAGAUGGUGUUGGGACUCAGAAACUGAGAAAGCGAGUUUCUUAUCAGAGAGCAUGAAAGAGCUUGAACAGAGUAUAGAGAAUGGCUCUCAGUCCAUUAGACUAAAAUGGAGAAAUCCAAUAUCUAUAUCUUACAAUAUUCAUUUCUUAGCAAACAAACUACCACCAGGGAAUGGUUUUGGGUUUUAGAUUCCAAUGAUUAGAAUUCUGGUGCAAAUCAGGAUGGAGUUGAUAGAUGAGCAUUAUGUAGGUAAUUGUAAGUGACUUGUUAAAUUAGUGACAUACCCAAAUGCACGAGAACUUAACCUCAGGGAAAGGAAUGGCCAGGGUGUGGGGGAGUGGGAAUGGAGUUUAGAUAUCUAGGCUUCUACUCAACUCCUUUGGCCUAUUCUAUUUUUGUUUGUGAUGCUGUGGAUUGAAUCCAGGGCCUUGGGCAUACUAGGCAAGUGCU